AAACGGGUAACAACGAAUAACAUUACGCUGACCGAAGACAAUUGACAUGGACGCGUCUACUGAGAAAUCGGAUGAUAACGAUAACGAACCGACGCGCGGGCAUACUGUUUGUCGUAAAAUUCAGCCAAUUUACCAGUAUAUGUGGGCGAACUUCCUACUGUCCGCUUUGCGAUUCAUCCUGGAAUGCGGUCUAUUCGGGUGGACCGCUUAUAGCCUGACAGUCUGCGCCAAAGAAAGAAGUCCGGCGAAGGAUAAUUUUUUGGCUUGGUUUUUCUUGGUAUUUGCUUGGUACCUUCUGUUCACGAUGGCAUCUAUGUCUUUAUGCUGCUUGCAAAUAUCGAGAGAAGUUCAACGAUGGCGUCCUGGCGACGUACCAGAAUCUGAGGUCAUCGCUGAUUUGGAAACAGCCUAUUUGCCGCUGCUUUUCAUGACGCUGCUGAAUUGCGGCCUGCUGGUACUCUGUUGGAUGGGCAUCGGUUCUGCCUGGAAAGAAAUAGCCGGCGCAUGGUCGUGUCUGAGCGCAGAAAUACCGGAAGCGAAGACCGGUCGGUUCAUGACGUUAUGGACGGGUUUGACGGCUGCCCUGAUUUUCACGGGCUGCUGUGUUUGUUACAAAAGUUUCGUUUGAAGAGAAACUGCAAGCGGCCGUAUUAUCUUGGGAUGCAUACACAAGCGGUUACAUCUGAAACCGAAUCGAAGAAAGUGCAGUGCAUACUGGACCCUUAACAGGUGUCCAGUGCGCAGUUUAGUAGUGCCGCAGCAGUCUGUCGUCAGACUCGUCACUUUUGAAACUCGCAAUCAGCGUUGGAAAUCGCCGUCCCACGGGAAUAAUACUUACCUAUAUUGUCAGUUCGCAAAUCCGCGGUUUGAACUAUUAUACGUUACCAGGAAUUUAAAACUCACAAGUUAAACAAGUGUUUACGAGUAUAAAAGCAACUCGCUUGUGUAUUUACAAACAUUAAUAAAAAUUAUUUUGUCCGGUUUCGCUUUUUUAGUACUACCAAAUACAAUAGACGUCAGAUACCAACUGCCAUAAUAUCAUUGUGCGUCCCUGAAUAUCUGCAGAGCGUGAAUAAUGAUGCAUGGUGGAAUAUAAAUGUUUGCAAUGGCUUUUCCCGCUUUUGCUGAAUAAAAUAUUCUGUGAUAUGUAUGGCUUCCUUAUUU